GUCCGGAAGCACAUGACCACUACUGGUUGAUGUGGCGUUGUUAGUCUGUCUGACUGAGUGAGUUAUAAAUCGCUGCAGGUGGAAAGAUGUCGGUACCAAACAAACAGGACAUAUUAACUAUCUUCAAACGUCUUCGUUCGGUUCCCACAAAUAAGGUAUGCUUUGAUUGUGGAGCUAAAAACCCUAGCUGGGCGAGUAUAACCUAUGGUGUGUUUCUGUGCAUUGACUGCUCUGGGACACACAGAUCCCUUGGGGUGCAUUUGACUUUUAUUAGAUCCACAGAGUUAGAUUCCAACUGGUCAUGGUUUCAGUUGCGGUGCAUGCAAGUUGGGGGCAAUGCAAAUGCUACUGCUUUUUUUCAUCAAUACGGAUGUACAACUAACGAUGCAAAUGCCAAGUACAAUAGUCGAGCGGCACAGCUUUGUAGAGAGAAAAUAAAGUCUCUGGCCACACAAGCAACAAGGAAACAAGGGACAGAUCUAUGGUUGGACAGCCCAGGACAUGGUCCCUCCUCUCCCACUUCUUCUCAACAUAAAGAGGAAGAUUUCUUUGCAGUACAUAUACAGGGGGCUUCAAAGGACUCGUCUUCAAAUUUAACUGAUCUCAAUUUUGAAUCUUCUUCAGUAGAAGAACAGCCCGCACAGGGGAUGCUCAAAGCUGAGGCUGACUCUACAUCUACAGGAGUCACAAAUAGCAGAGAACCAGCGUUUCUACUAAAGAAAAAGUCUGUGCCUGCAAAGAAAUCGCUUGGUGCGAAAAAGGGUGGCUUAGGAGCUCAAAAAGUAAGCUGCAGGAGCUUCAGCGAAAUCGAGAAACAAGCCCAGACUGUGGAUAAAAUAAGGGAACAAGAAGAGCAGAACACAAAGAAGAAAAUGGAAAAAGAAGAAAAUGUUGUUACAUCUCUGAGACUUGCCUACCAGGACCUGGAAAUCCAAAGAAAGAAGGACGAUGAAAAGAUGAAGAAUUUUCAGGGUAAAAAAAAGGAACAGGCAGAAAGACUAGGCAUGGGCUUCAGCAGCAGGAGUGGCGUUUCCCAUUCCGUGCUUUCAGACAUGCAGACCAUAAAACAGGAAUCUCCCUCUGGGUCCAAACCUGCACGGAAAAAGUAUAUUGAUGAGGAACCCGACAAUGAGGAUUCAGGGUUUGGUUCUAGAUCAAGCUACUUUGAUGAGCCUGUUGACUCAGCAAGCAAGUUUUUUUCUAAGUGGGAGGAUAGCAGUGAUUUGUUGUGGAAGAAAGACUCAAGCAAAUUUGACCCUGAGCCCGUUCUUACCUCUAAAAUGUCUUCACAUGAUGAAAGACCCGCAACACGUCGGAAACACGAAUAUGAACAUCAAGCAACUACAGACGACGCUCAGAAGAAGUUUGGUGAUGCUAAAGCAAUUUCUUCAGAUAUGUAUUUUGGAAAACAAGAAAGUGCAGAGUAUGAAGCCAAAACUAGGCUAGAAAAGUUUUCUGGAAAUUCAUCCAUAAGCUCAGCAGACCUCUUUGAUGAGCAGAAGAAACAAACAGGAACAUACAGCAUCAGUAGUGUAUUGCCAACUGCUCCCGAUAUGUCUCAGUUCAAGCAAGGAGUGAAAUCAGUGGCUGGAAGGCUCUCUGUUAUGGCCAAUGGAGUCAUGACUUCUAUUCAGGAUCACUAUGGCUCUUGAGGUGUGAUUCCAGUAUGUCUUUGGAUAAGCAUAGACUGCAGAUCUUGAGCUAUGAAAGAAGAGAUGUUUGGAAUAUAGUGAUGUUAUAUUUGUAUCUUGUAUUUUCAAUAUGUUUAUUUUGAAAAGGGUAACAAUUGUAAAGGGAAAUGUAUUUUCUGCAAAAUUAUUUGUGAUGAACAGUAAAUUAAUAGCUGCUUUGCUUGAUGUGGGGUGAAUGGUGUUGAGUAACCUCCUGUAUUUUUCAAAUAUUUAAAAUGUUCUGUAUUCAGAAUAUAUUGCUGUUAAUGGCUUGGACUACAGCAUAUACUGAAAUGGUUGUUUAGAAAGAACCAUUUGGGUAUACCCUAUAUACAACAAUGUGCAUGGGUAUGCUGAGAAAUACAGAUGCCUUAUCUGCGUUGAGAUGCUGUACAAAGAAGUAUGUGCAUUUCAGCAUAUCCCAAAACCCUGGAUUGUGGUUAAAUACUUUAUAUACACAUAUAAAAUGUCUACAAAUAUGACCCGUCUCGCAACUGCCCAUUAUCCAGUCACUAAAGUUUUCCCAAACAUUUUGAAAAUUGCUCUGUUUCUCUGUAAAAGGUUUAUUUUACAAAAGGUACAAGUUCAUACCAGUGGGUUGUUUAAGGUAAGCAUGCUGUGUGUUGCAAAUUAAAAACUAACUUGGGUUAGAAGACCAAAAAUAUUAAGAACAUUUUAAUCUUUGUAUGUGAUUAUUUAAAAUACAUUGAGUAAUUUCUUAAUCUCCUUUAAAUACUAAGCACUUAAUCAUGGAGAAGUAUAUAGAACACUUAGAAGGAACUGUUCAUCAAUGUAAUUUUUUUGAUAUACUGUAUGAAAUUAGUGUGUUCGGUUACUUUCCAAAAUGCUUGAGUGUUUUGUUUUGUUUUUUUCUGUCAAAAUAUAUAUAGUAGUAACUCGGCAGUGCUUGAACACUUAAGAUGUACCUUCUUUCCUAUGAUCACUGUCACAUUCUUCUGGGGUUUUUGUGUGUAGGCAUUUUUGUACAUUUUGUCAUAAUUCUGUUUUAAAUCCUCUGUAUCUU